AUGGCAACUACUGCUUUAGGAGAAGUUUUGAGGGAAAGAUCAGUGUACAAGUCAUGUGGAAAGCGUCAUUGGGGAUACUGUCUGAUUGGCAUGGGGACUUGCUUCAGAUGUAAGCAGGCAAGACAUACGGCGGACCAAUGCCCUAGUAGUAGUUUCGCAAGUGUAGGGGUUCAGCCCCUAAGUUCGCAUAAGGGUAGCUCAAGUCAACAGCAGCAGCAGGGUCGGGUCUAUGCCACCAAUCGUCGAGAAGCUGAGCAUUUGGGAAUAGUAUUGAUAGGUACGCUCCCAAUCUUAGGGCAUUAUGCCUUGGCAUUAUUUGACUUUGGCUUGUCUCACUCUUUCAUUUCAUCGUUGUUUGUAAAGCAUGCUAUGCUAGUUUUAGAACCCUUGGGUUAUGUUUUAUCAGUAUCUACACCGUCAGGAGAAAUUAUGUUAGCAUGUGAAAAGAUAAAAGCGUGUCAGUUAGAAAUAGCGAACUGCACCCUUGAUGUGACUUUAAUAGUGUUAGACAUGCGUGACUUUGAUGUGAUUCUGGGCAUGGAUUGGUUGGUUGCCAAUCAUGCUAGCAUAAGGAAGCCCGUUUUAAGUUGA